AUGCUGCUUAAUAUUAAGGCAUCUUCCACAUAUAUGAGACCAAAACGACAGAUGUGGUCUGUGGAUCAUCCAGCGAUUGUUUUAUAUAGACAACACCCGAGUGCUAUGCGAAAAUUUUAUUGGUAUAACACCAGGGCUCCGAUUUUGGUAGGAAAAAUGCGACUGAAAAACUACAUGCGCAACAUGCAUAUGCUGCCACGAUACGUACACUCACCUGCUCAAUAUCACGAAGCCUAUUCCAAUUCAAAGAGAAGCGUCUUCAGGGACUUGAAUAAUGUUCAUGGAUUCAAAACAACAUCAACAACGCCGGCCCCCACUGUGGGCUACGUGGCAGCUCCGAUUAAUACAAUUGAAUAUAGUACGGGUCCUGUAAACCCGCCUGUGGAUUUCAACCUAGCGCCAGUUAACUCAUUCGUACCGCUCACCGCUGGGACGCUCUCAAACGCAGAACGAGUGAUGGGCGUUUCGAAUCAGUGGAACCGGUCCGACUAUUCCCAUGAUGUCUGGCAAAAGUGCACAGAAAACUGCUUUAAAAACUCCUUCCAAGAUUAUGCAAAAGACCAAUAUAGCUCGCACAGUAUGCCCAAAGAAUUGCCAGUUACUACAACAACUACCCUGCCUUACUUCAAUUAUGUUGCUCAUACCUACUUCACUCUGGACGAUGUUAUUCUACCCCAUUCGGCAUCCAAGAUCGCUAAAUCCCCGACACUACACCAACAUGAAUUUCGACCCAGUCACCAUGUACUCACAACAGUAAUUCCGCAAGACGUAUUUACAGAACGAUUUAAGCACACAACGCAACCAAUUCCAACAACCACAACAACAACAACCACGGAACCUUCGUUACCAGCAAAAACCACAUUUUUGGAUUUUGAAUAUAGCACUACGCCACAUUGGAUUAGUUCAACAACAUCAAUUACUACAACGUCGUCAACGGAAUCGACGCUUUUGGAAAACACUCUGAGUUGGACAACACCGCAAACCAUAAUAAAUAACUAUUCAAAAACAAAUGUUACAACACAGUCAUUCAAACAUAGGUUAAAAUCUUUGAAAGCUACUAAAGACUUUUCUUCAAAUAUUGAAACUAAACUGAAAUUGUUAAAGCUGCAUCUCAAAAAUCUCGUUACCACAAAAGAAACUCCCAGGAACAUUCAAAAUUUAACAACAUCAGCUGUUACCGAUAGUAACACCACAUUGCCCGAUUCUACAACAACUCCCACGCCCGUAACAAGAAGGACAACUGUUAAUCGAAAAUUUAGAAAGCUGCGAGUCCCGGCAUCAACUAAAAAGGUUCCGAUUCAAAUAUCACGAAAUUCUACAAAUCCUAUUAAUGCUAAGAAGGAAUAUAAAAAGUCAAAAAGAAUUUAUCAAAGACGCAAACACUUAAAUUCUACCGUUUCCCCAGAACCAACCAAAAACACAACAACUAUUGACAAUGAAUCGAUCAACAAGUUUAAACGCCGCGCAACAGCAAGCACGCGAAAAUCGAUAAAUGCCGAUGAAAAGGUAAUCGUUGGGAACUCUACUAAAGCCACCAGUCGCGGUGUAGCGAAGUCUCGCGCCGACGGAAUACCGGAAGAAAAAUCAGCCUUAGUCACAGAAUCCGCAAUUAUGACUAUUUCCAGCGGCAAUAUGAGGACAAGGCAGCCAAUAAUAAAAGUAAAGCCAAAGCAGCACAUCACAAGAAAAAUUAAACAUUUAGAGAACGAUAAUUUCAUACCGUCCCUGCCUAUUGAAGUAUAUUUUAAAAAAGUAAAUCAGCAAUAAAUACAAAU